AUGGAGUCCCUCAAGAUCAAGAAUGAGACGUACAAAAUGUUAACAGCAGCAGUUCUGCCAGUUUCAGCAAUGCAGGGUAACAUCAUUAUUAGAGAUCACACACAGAAAAUGGCUCCCCACAGUACCACAGAGAUACAAGGAACGAUUUUUCCUGCUCCAAAUUUUAACCCUAUUAUGGAUGCUCAGUUGCUAGGAGGAGCCCUACAGGGAAUUAGUUGUGAAAAAGAUGUGUUGAUUGAUAUCCUAACGCAGCGUUGCAAUUCACAGCGGCUUAUGAUUGCUGAGGCAUACAGAGACAUGUAUGGCAGGGAUCUGAUAACGGACCUAAAAGAGAAUCUCUCUCAUCACUUCAAAGAAGUAAUGGUUGGCUUGAUGUAUCCACCUGCCUCCUACGAUGCCCAUGAGCUCUGGCAUGCCUUGAAGGGAGCAGACACAGAAGAAAGAUGUCUAAUCGACAUAUUAGCCUCAAGAUCAAAUAUGGAGAUUUUCCAGAUGAAAGAAGCCUACUUAAUGCAAUAUAACAAUGAUCUUCAACAAGACAUCGAUUCUGAGACCUCAGGACACUUCAGAGAUACGCUCAUGAACCUUGCUCAGGGAACAAGGAUGGAGGGAUACGCAGAUCCUUCUACAGCUGCUCAGGAUGCAAUGAUUCUAUGGGAAGCAUGUCAGCGGAAAACAGGCGAACACAAAAACAUGCUGCAAAUGAUUCUCUGCAACAAGAGUUACCAGCAGUUGUGGAUGGUUUUCCAGGAGUUCCAAAAUAUCUCUGGGCAAGACAUAGUAGAUGCCAUUAACGAAUGUUAUGAUGGAUAUUUUCAAGAAUUACUGGUUGCAAUAGUUCUCUGUGUGCGUGACAAGCCUUCCUACUUUGCCUACAGGCUUUAUAAUGCAAUUCACGACUUUGGGUUUCACAAUAAAACAGUUAUAAGGAUCCUCAUUUCCAGGAGUGAGAUUGACUUGAUGAAUAUACGACAGCGAUACAAAGAGAGAUAUGGGAAAUCACUCUUUCAUGACAUUAAACAUUUUGCUUCGGGGCAUUAUGAGAGUGCUUUACUUGCUAUCUGUGCCGGUGAUGCUGAAGAUUAUUAA